AUGAGUUCAUCUGUUGCUAAUAUUGUGGAUAGGGCUAUGUUUUAUUUAUAUCAAAUAUUAGCCAAUUAAUCAUCGAUACAAUUAUCAGAUAAAUAUGAGUAAUAGGAACACAAAUAUACUUCCAUAAUAGUUUUCCAAAGAUAUAUAUCAGAAAUCAAAGCUAUUUUCCUUUAUGCUUACGAUUCUAACUCUUAUAUUAUUAUUUAACAACAACACUUUGAUGUAGAUUAAUUAACAUCUAAUUUAAAUAAGUACUAUGAAGCUAUUGAAGACUUUCUAACUCAUCUUCUUCAUUAACAUUAAGAAGUGUGUUUGCAUUUCAUUAAUUAUGAUCCAGAUUUUGUAGAAGAAAAAGUAGAAACUAUUUUGCAUGCUCUUCGAUUGUUAGAAUUGCCUUCUCUCCAGAGUAAGAUUAUAAUUUGGAUGAAUAAUCAAAAGUAAGUUCAUAAGAAAAAUGGUUAUUUGAUGAUUUAAUAUUCUUUGAACUAAUCAGUGCUACUAAAAUUUCAGUAGGAUAUAAUUAAAAAUCAAGAAUGCUAUGAAGAAUUCACUUUAAAAUAGAUAAAAUAAGUAUAAGACACCCAUGAAGAAUUUAUCAAGUAAUUAAAAUUAAACGAGUAAUAUGUACAAAUGUAUAACAUAUAUUCUUUAAUAAAAGAUAUUACAUUUAUACAUGAUAUACCAAAUUCUAUCUAUUAUUUAGCUAAAUUCCUUAUGAAUUUACCUAAAUAUACCUGUUAAGAUACUCUUACAAUGAUCUCAAAGCUUAAACUAUUCAAAUAAAAUCAUGUUUAUCAAUAAAUCUAAAAAUAACCCAAAUAAAAAAAUGACUAAUAUCAAUAAGAGAUUUUAACUUAAUUAGCACCUUUUAAAGAAGAAAAGAAUCGGCAUUUUCCUAUGAAAGGUCCACAUAGCUAGAAGUAAUUGUACAUUUAUUAUUAUAGAUGUAAAGUCUGUUAAAAACAGAAUAAUCAUAAAAUUCAUAAAUCUAGUUUUAUUUGUGAAAGCUGUCAUAAAUACUAUAAUAUAAAUAUAACACUUUGUACAAAUAAAUGCUUUAAAUAGUUUCACCUCAACCCUGCUUAUUAUUUAAGAAGAAACAGAAGAAAAAAAUAAGCAAAGGUUGAAGAAUGA